GCUCCUGUUACUGUGAAGAUCACGUACAAUACACAUCACUGUGUUUGCCAGCAAAGCAGAAACAUAAGAAUAUCUGACAAGUUCAGUUGUGCUGAACAAGACAAUGUCUGACAAGACCGAGAACCAAACCUCAGACCUUCCUGAUGCACAUGGAGGGCGUCUAGAGGAAAACCCGGGCACUGGGCUAUUAAAGGUGAAGGAAGAGGAUGAGACAGAUGACAUGAAUAGUCAUCAGACUGAAAUACAUUGCUCCCUCCCUGCCGAUGAAGAUAACACUGAUAUAGUGAAAGUGGAGAUAACAGAAGAUCUGUGUGUGAGGCAUCAGCUCGGAUUGCUGGAUGAGGAAACCAGUGACAGUAUCAGCCCAGGCCGUAUGAAUGUGACGCCUUUAGAGGGCUCAGCGGUUGAGCACAGAGGAGAAGCAUAUGUGUUUGAUCACGUAAAGACUGAGGAGGAUGAAGUUCCUAUAAAUACAGCUACAGGUGACUUUACAAACUGCAGUAAUCCUAGUAAUGGUGAAAGUACAGAUACUUCUUUCAAGCUUCUUCAAAAUCAAAGAAGCAAUGUGGGAAAUGUAUGCGCUGAAUAUGGGACAUGUUUUUCCAGGAAAUCAAAUCUUUUAAGACAGAAAUUGUAUACAGGACAUAUUGCAUUUUCAUGUUCUGAAAGUGGGAAAGAUUUUACUGAGGAAUCUGCUCUUUUUACACAUCAGAAUAUUGAUAUAGGAGAGAGAACUUUUCCAUGUUCUGAAUGUGGGAAAUGUUUUGCUCGUAAAUCGCAUCUUAUUAGACAUCAGAAAAUACAUACAGGAGAGAAAGCAUUUUCAUGUUCUGAAUGUGGGAAUUGUUUUGCUGAGAAAUCACAUCUUAUUACACAUCAGAAAGUUCAUACAGGAGAGAAAGAUUUUUCAUGUUCUGAAUGUGGGAAAUGUUUUACCAUGAAAUCACAUCUUAUUACUCAUCAGAAAAUUCAUACAGGAGAGAAAGCUUUUAAAUGUUCUGAAUGUGGGAAAUCUUUUACCAUGAAAUCAUAUUUUAUUACACAUCAGAAAAUUCAUACAGGACAGAAAGAUUUUUCAUGUUCUGAAUGUGGGAAAUGUUUUACCAUGAAAUCAAGUCUUAUUAAGCAUCAGAAAAUUCAUACAGGAGAAAAGGCAUUUUCAUGUUCUGUAUGUGAGAAAGGGUUUACUCAGAAAUCACAUCUUAAUACACAUAAGAAACUUCAUACAGGAGAGAAAGCAUUUUCAUGUGAUGAAUGUGGAAAAUGGUUUACCAUGAAAUCAAGUCUUAUAAGACAUCAGAAAAUUCAUACAGGAGAGAAAGCUUUUUUACGUUUUUCAUGUUCUGAGUGUGGGAAAGGCUUUAAUGAGAAAUCAGUUCUUAUUACGCAUCAAAAAAUUCAUACCGGAGAGAAAGCAUUUUCAUGUUCUGACUGUUGGAAAUGUUUUGCUCGGAAAUCACAUCUUAUUAGACAUCAGAAAAUUCAUACAGGCGAGAAAGCAUUUUCCUGUUCUGAAUGUGGGAAAUAUUUUGCUCAGAAAUCACAUGUUAUUACACAUCAGAAAGUUCAUACAGGAGAGAAAGCAUUUUUAUGUUCUGAAUGUGGGAAGUGUUUUACUGAGAAAUCAACUCUUAUUAGACAUCAGAAAAUACAUAUAAGAGAGAAAGUAUUUUUUAAUGUUCUGAAUGUGGGAAAUGUUUUACCUUGAAAUCACCUCUUAGACAUCAGACAAUUCAUACAAGAUGGAAGGCAUUCUCAUGUUCUGAAUGUGGGAAAUAUUUUGCUUGGAAAUCAGAUCUUACACAUCUGAAAAUACUUUAAAUACAAAGUGUCCAGCAAACACUUACUGAUAUCAAUCCUGUGCACGCUGAUGGUGCCUACCGACACCCAAAAUGAUCCACAAGAAAUAAAAGCAUACAGCAACACCA